CCACAUCUUAUUAAUUUGUUCCGCAGCCUCGUGCCACAAAAACGGAAAAGAAAGAAGGAGGAGAAAAGGAAAUAAAUAAACAAAUCCAUAAAAGAUAGCGCGACGAAGAGAGAUCUCCGGAUGGGUCGGGCGUUCGUGUACGUCAUACUCGGCGGCGGCGUUGCUGCUGGCUACGCCGCCCUCGAGUUCGUCCGCAGGGGCGUCUCCCACGGCGAGCUAUGCAUCAUCUCCGAGGAAUCCGUUGCGCCUUAUGAACGGCCUGCAUUGAGCAAAGGAUAUUUACUUCCUGAAGCUCCUGCACGCCUGCCUGCAUUUCAUACUUGUGUAGGCACUAACGAUGAGAGAUUGUUGCCAAAAUGGUACAAGGAGCACGGAAUUGAACUUGUUCUUGGCACCAGAGUGAAGUCUACUGAUGUGAGACGGAAAGUGUUGAUCACAGCAACUGGUGAAACUAUCAGUUACAAGAUACUCAUAAUUGCAACAGGUGCUCGGGCUCUGAAACUUGAAGAAUUUGGAGUUAGAGGAUCUGAUGCUGAAAACGUUUGCUACUUACGUAAUUUGGCUGAUACAAAUAGGCUUGUGGAUGUAAUGCAAAACUGCAGUGGAGGGAAUGCUGUUGUCAUUGGUGGCGGUUACAUUGGGAUGGAAUGUGCAGCAGCAUUAGUUACAAAUCGAAUGAAAGUAACAAUGGUUUUCCCAGAGGCACAUUGCAUGGGCCGCUUGUUUACACCAAAGAUUGCAGAGUAUUAUGAGAAUUACUAUAAGUCAAAAGGAGUUAAAUUCAUCAAAGGAAGUGUUCUGACAUCAUUUGAGAACGACUCAGAGGGAAAGGUAAAAGCGGUGAUCCUUAAAGAUGGUACCUGCCUUCCAGCUGACAUGGUUGUGGUGGGCAUUGGCAUCCGUCCAAACACUGGUCUAUUUGAAGAUCAACUACAGCUCGACAAAGGUGGCAUUAAGGUCAAUGGACGAAUGCAGGCCAGCAACGCCUCUGUCUAUGCCGUCGGUGAUGUUGCUGCUUUUCCUGUCAAACUAUUUGGCAACGAAAUUCACCGCCUCGAGCAUGUGGACUCUGCUCGGAAGACUGCAAAGCAUGCUGUUGCAGCGAUCAUGGCACCCACCACAGGUGACCUUGAUUAUCUUCCUUUCUUUUACUCCAGGAUGUUCACAUUGUCUUGGCAGUUUUACGGAGAUAGCAUUGGCGAAGUCGUCCACUACGGAGAUUUUUCCAGUGGGAAUUUUGGUGCUUACUGGAUCCACAAGGGUGUGAUCGUUGGGGCUUUCCUGGAGGGGGGAAGCAAGGAUGACUACGAGGCGAUCGCAAAGGCUGUUCGGUCUAAAGCGAUUGUGAACAAUAUUGCCGAGGUUGAAAGAGCAGGAAUUGAAUUCGCUCUGCGAGUCGGUCAGCAAGCAGCAACGCCAGAGAGUGGGCUUCUCGUGGAGAGACCAAUAUACACACAGUACGCGACGGCUGGUGUUGUCGUAGCUCUUUCAAUCGCGGGGUUUGCUUACUGGUAUGGAAGGAGACGCCGCAUAUUGUAACUAACGCGGGAAGAUUAAAAUCGUUAUUGUUAUGGUGUAUAAUUUCUGGAAAGAAAGAUGGAUGAAAGUUUCAAUUGCAAUGUAAAAGUUCUAGCAGAACUAGUCUUGUAAUACAGCAAUAGCGACUAUGCAAGUAAAUACCCUGGUUCUUAUAAAACGUAUUUCAAUGUAUUUCACUUGGUUCUUUGGUGUCCGAAGACUGAAGUCUCAGGGUAUUGUGAAUUCUGUUUUAUUGAUAAAAAUUAAUGCAAAUAUUAAUGUUGACUUCA